AUGAUGGACGACGAUCACGAAGCGCUCGACUGGGGCGCCGGCGAUGACGACGGCUCGAUGGCGCCGCACGAGUAUGAUGACUCUUCCCGCCACCCGGGCGGGAGCGCGCAAGAAGGCGAAGACGAGGACGCGGUGUCCGUCGGCGGCGACGAAGACGACAUGGACUACGGCCUCUUCAACUACACCAGCGGCGGCGUCGCUAACGCUCCGCGCGACGCAGACCGCCAGUCGGCGCAGGACGAGCCGGAAGGAGGACAAGGAGCAGGCGGCGGUGGCGGCGAACAAGCGCCCGCCCGGUCGCCGCCUCACGAGCACUCGCCCUCGCGCGAGCGCGACUCCCGCUCGGGCUACGGUAACGGAGAUCGCACCCACCGCUCGGGAGGCCCGCGCAACGAGCGCGGCCGGAAUGGUCGUCGCACCACGACGCUGAUGCCUCCCCCGGACACGCUCACGCACGCGCUUCCCCCGAAGCCGGUCGCCGCGCCCGUCGUCCCUCCGCCCGACAGCGAAUCCAUGCGCGGCACCAUGCGCCCGCACGCAAAGCCGAUGGGCGAGCGCAAGGACCGCAACGAGCGCCGCAACGGUCGCGCCGCAGCCUCUGAAGACGAGCUAGACGCGGCCCUGCCUCCAGAGUGGGAGGUCCGGCGCCCGCGCAACGGCAGGCCGGACGAGGUGUACUACUACAACACGGCGACGCGUGAGUCGACGUGGGACCGCCCGGGCUCCGGCAUCGUGGAUGAAGGCACAGGUCGCGGACGGCGGCGGGACCGGUCGCGCUCUCUGGACCGGGAGGAGCCCCAUCAUCGCACAAAACCAUCUGAUCGUUCGGAGCCACCCAGCUCGAGAGCAAGAGACGCGCGAGACGGUCGCGAUUUGUCGCCGCCGCCGUCUCGCGAAGAUCGGCGCUGGCGCUCGCGCGAAGGACCCGCUCCGGCCCGCGAGCCUAAGCAAGCAGACUAUGGCUACUCAUCCAGACAGCGAGAUUCUCGUUCCCAGCGGCCUUCUGGCUACGAGCACUCUGAGAUGUUGGUAUCUGCGGAAGACGCAAAGGCAAACCGUCGCCCAUGGGGACCGGAUAACGUUUCGCAGGAUACCCAGACCCAACGGUUUCCUACCGAGCCCGAACUAGAAACUGACCGCAGGUGGACGCCUCGAGGCGAACCGCCUCCCCGAGUUGCUGUCCAGCAAACAUCUCAGAGGCGAGAGCGGCCUGUGUCUCCCUUGACCCGCCGUGGAGCGUACACUGGGCCCAACGGCGCUGACUCCCGCGCCGCACCAAACCGUUACGAAGAACGCCUCCAAAACGUGCCCAACAACGAUCACGGCCGUUGGCCCGCCUCCAGUACCCGCUCGCUAACGACGUCAACGGGAACAACAACAACCUCGUGCCACGCCAUGCCGAUCGCGAGGCCCGCGCGCCGCCGCCGCCUCGAGGCGUCCCUCCUCCACACUCUCGCGGAUAUCAAGAUGACGGGCCACAAUCGCGCCGCGUGGAUGCGUACCCACCAAAGCGACCGCCUCCUCCUCAAGAGUUCAGACCCAGGCCCGACGAAGCCGCGCCGCCCAGGACAAGCCCUGAGAACGAGUACAAGCGUAGGAGGACGAACGACGCCCCGAUAG